UUAGCCCAUCAUGCCGGAAGAAACAAUAACUUUUAGUUCUAAUGAGAAAUGGCGUAUAAACCGGAACGUAUUCGUUCUUGGUUUCGCUUUCAUGAUCCACUUCACGGCCUUCCACGGGACCGCCAACCUCCAGAGCUCCGUGAACAGCGACGACGGAGCCGGCACCUUCACCCUGGCCGCCAUUUACUUCUCCCUGAUCCUCUCGAAUAUAUUAUUACCGGCUGUUGUCAUUAAGUGGCUUGGUUGCAAAUGGACAGUGUCAAUGUCCUUCAUCACGUAUAUGCCGUUCAUAGCAGCGCAGUUUUAUCCGAAGCUGUAUACAUUGAUACCAGCCGGCAUGAUGGUCGGCUUUGGUGGCGGACCACUCUGGUGCGCUAAAUGCACUUAUCUUUCUGUGAUAUCCGAACCGUAUUCUAAAUUAUCAGGAAUUCCAGCUGAAGUUUUGGUGGUGAGGUUCUUCGGGCUGUUCUUCAUGUUCUACCAGAUGGCGCAGAUAUGGGGAAAUCUUAUAUCUUCGGCGAUUUUAUCGUCAUCACUGGGAGAGGCGCCUUUCUUGAACGAAACUAUUCCGUCUACUGCGAUGACGCUGAUCACUAAUGCCUCCGAAAUACCGCCUCUUGACUUUAGAGCCACAUGCGGAGCUAACUUCUGCAGCAGCAGUGCUUCACACGGUAACAGUAACCUCAAGCCACCUUCCACCGCGAAGAUCAACUUGAUAGCCGGCGUAUACCUUGCGUGCAUGGCCAUUGCUGUUCUUCUGGUUGCUGUAGGGGUCGACGCACUAACCAGGUACACAUCAGGUCGUACUCCCGCAAGUCGCGGUAAGUCCGGUCUCCAACUCCUGGCGGUAACGCUGCGUCAGCUCAGGCACAAGUACCAGCUUCUGUUGCUGCCCGUCAUAGGGUACAUCGGCGCCGAACAAGCUUUCAUGGCUGCGGACUUUACACAGGCUUACGUGGGUUGUGCCUACGGUAUUAGUAACAUUGGGUUCGUGAUGAUCUGCUUCGGAGCUUGGAAUGCAAUAGCCGCGCCCCUAGCCGGAGCACUCGUCAAGACGACAGGCCGGUAUCCGGUCAUGGUCACUGCUCUGGUUUUAAAUCUGUGUACCUUAACCGUGCUGCUGCUCUGGAGACCGAACCCUGAUCAGUGGCUGGUGUUCUACGGCCUCGCUGCCGUGUGGGGAGCCGCUGAUGCUGUUUGGCUCGUGCAAGUUAACGCUCUAUCCGGCAUCCUAUUUCCCGGUCACGAGGAAGCUGCAUAUUCUAACUUCAGAUUGUGGGAAGCGACCGGUAGUGUUCUGGCUUACGGCAGCGCUCCGUACCUUUGUGUUAGAACCAGAUUGCAAAUAUUGCUCGGUCUAUUAAUAGUAGGCUUCACUGGUUACACGAUCAUUGAGCUGAUGGAGUAUAGAGUGAAAAGGGCGCACCACCCCGAGAGGAACUUCGAACUGGUCGACAAAAAGGAAGAUCUGGGACCAUUUUAAUAUUAAGUUACAAAUUUAGCAGUUCUCUUUAAUGCUAUGUUUUCAAUGUAUCAUAAUAGUAUAAUU